AUGCCGAUAACGCCGAGGGAUGUGGCAGACCAUGACCUCCUUCACUCCUGUCCGCUCAUGGCCGCUGAAAUGAUGUCCACAAACGACAUCAUACAACCACUGGGCUCUGGGGUGGAUAGGCCCGCAACGAAUGGCAAGGUCGUGGUGGAGACAACAGCAGGUGACAUAGAGAUAGAGCUAUGGGGAAGAGAAUGUCCUAAAGCAGUCCGAAACUUCAUAGCUCUGUCUAUGGAAGGAUACUAUGAUGGUGUCAUCUUCCAUCGGCUGGUACCUGGGUUCAUCAUUCAGACCGGGGAUCCUACUGGCACUGGGACUGGCGGAGAUAGCUUCUACGGCGAGCCAUUCGCGGAUGAGAUUCAUGGGAGGUUGAAAUUCAAUCGACGGGGUUUGGUAGGCAUGGCCAAUCGAAGUCAACGGAACACCAACACUUCACAAUGGUUCAUUACACUCGACAAAGCCGAAGAGCUCACAGGGAGACAUACCAUGUUUGGGCAGGUCAUGGGGAACACGAUCUACAAUGUGGUAGAUAUGGGGCAGCUGGAAAUCGAUGCGGAGGAACGACCACUACAUCCUCCUCGGAUAAAGACGAUCAGGAUAAUCGAAAAUCCCUUCCCCGAUAUCGUUCCCCGUAUCACUGCUGCCGAACGUCGGGCUCAGCAACAAGCCCGUCUGGACGCAAAGAGGGAUCUAGAGCAACGAGAGAAAAGGGCAAAAGCGAAAAAGAACACCGGACUGUUGUCGUUUGGAGAGGCGGAAGAAAUCCCCGAGGAAGCCAUCACAGUCAAGAAAAAAGGAAUUACACGUACAGACUUGGUGGACCCUGCCGACGUGCCGAAGAAACCAGUCGAGUCGUAUGUCGAACUUCCGGAAUCACUGAAGGGUCUGGCAAAUGGAAAGAAAGAAGAGCGGAAAGCUGUGGAUCUCAAGGCUAUUAGAGCGAAGCAUGAGAAAGAGAAGAUGGGUGAUGAAAUCGCGCGACAGGCAGAGAUCAGACGGAUGGAAGACUCUCUACGAGCGCUCAAGAAACGCCAAGGCAAUGAUUCUGAUUCUGAUUCUGAUUCCUCCACCCGACGAAAGAGAAGAAAAGGCCCGAGCUAUCUAGAACAAGAACUGUCAAAGUAUGCUGCCGGAAGAGGUAGAGCCGCUGCUCGAAGCGCGAACAAACGAGGACGGAGAGACGAGGAAGAGGACUUAUUAUUGCAGUUAGGUGAAUUCACCAAGCGCGUUGCGGCCAUGGGUGAGGAAUCCCCCCGGGAAGAAGCCCCGGAGGAGCCUCAAGCAGACAAGAGUCAAGAGGAAGGAGAGAUGAUCACCGGCGAUACGGAAGGUUUGGAGACUGAUGACGAUGUCGGCUGGAUGAAACACCAGCUGAAGUUCAUAGUAGAUGAGAAGGAGUUGACGCGGCGGGCAGAGGAUGAGUAUGCUGUGAUCGACCCCAGGGCGAAGGCAAGACAGCUCGCGCAGGAGCAUUCAAAGGAGAAGGAAGGACAACGAAGAGGUACACGGACAGUGGCAGACGUGGGAAGACGGAAAUAA